AUGAGGCACGCCCUGCUCCUCCUACUGGCAGUUGCUGCCAGCCAGGUGGACCUUUCUCUGUCUGCCACCACGCAAUCUUGCUGCUCCAACAACUGCAGCUCCAACAAUUGCAGCUCCAACAAUUGCAGCCCCAACUACUGCAGCCCCAACUACAGCUGCUCCCACAACUGUGGCCCCAACUACUGCUGCUCCAACAACUGCGGCCCCAACUACUGCAGCCCCAACUACAGCUGCUCCCACAACUGUGGCCCCAACUACAGCUGCUCCCACUACAGCUGCUCCAACAACUGCAGCCCCAACUGCUGCAGCCCCAACUACAGCUGCUCCCACAACUGUGGCCCCAACUACAGCUGCUCCCACUAUAGCUGCUCCAACAACUGCAGCCCCAACUACUGCUGCUCCAACUACAGCUGCUCCAACUACUGCUGCCCCAACUACUGCCGCUCCAACAACUGCUGCCCCAACUACAGCUGCUCCAACUACUGCUGCUCCAACUACUGCUGCUCCAACUACAGCUGCUCCAACUACUGCCGCUCCAACUACUGCAGCCCCAACUACUGCUGCUCAAACUACUGCUGCUCCCAGUACAGCAGCCCCAACAACUACAUUCUCAACUACUGCCGCUCCAACUACAGCCGCUCCAACAACUGCUGCUCCAACUACUGCCGCUCCAACUACUGCCGCUCCAACUACAGCUGCUUCCAAUACAACCGCUCAGACAACUGCAGUCCCAACUACUGCAGCCCAAACUACAACUGCUCCAACUACUGCUGCUCCAACAACUGCAGCCCCAACUCCAGUUGCUCCUACAACUGCUGCUCCAACAACUGUGGCCCCAACUACUGCUGCUCCAAUUACAGCUGCUCCCACAACUGUGGCCCCAACUACUGCUGCUCUCACAACAGCCGCCCCAACUACUGCUGCUCGAACUACAGCUGCUCCCACAACUGUGGCCCCAACUACAACUGCUCCCACAACUGUGGCCCCAACUACUGCUACUCCAACUACUGCAGCCCAAACUACAGCCGCUCCAACAACUGCACCCCCAACUACAGUUGCUCCUACAACUGCUGCUCCAACAACUGUGGCCCCAACUACAGCUGCUCCCACUACAGCCGCUCCAACAACUGCACCCCCAACUACUGCUGCUCCAACUACUGCUGCUCCAACUACAGCUGCUCCAACUACUGCAGCCCCAACUACUGCUGCUCCAACUACUGCUGCUCCAACUACAGCUGCUCCAACUACUGCUGCUCCAACUACAGCUGCUCCAACAACUGCAGCCCCAACUACUGCUGCUCCAACAACUGCUGCCCCAACUACAGCUGCUCCAACUAA